UCUCCAUUUAGUUGGCAGCAACAGCUACAACAGGACACAACACACAUCCAAAUUGUUUUCUGCGGAGUUUCCCAAUAAUCAAGCAAAAAUGCCUUCGCGAAAUGCUUGUGGAGUGCUGCUUGGGGCAUGCCUCUUGGUGUUCUGCCUGCUGGACUUCUCCACGGCCGAUGGCGACUACUCGGAGCUGUGCCGCCUGUUCAAGAAUGGCACCAACAUCCGCAAGCCUGGCACCUGCAACGAGUACAUCCAGUGCAGCGACGGCGAGGGCAUACUGAAGUUCUGCGAGGGCAGCACUCCCCACUACGACAGCAGCAGCCAGAAGUGCGUCAAGGAGCUGUCCAACAGCCACCUCUACUGCGGCAAUAGGUGCGAGGGCAGGAACGGCACCUGGGUGUCCGAUCCGACCCAGUGCCAGCGAUAUUUCUACUGCAACGAGGGCGUGCCGCUGCAGGGCAUCUGCCCCAUGGGCCAGCACUUUGACGAGACGAGCCAGGCGUGCCUGCACAGCGUGGACUCGCAAUGCGUGGACGUGGCCAAUAUAUGCGAAAUCCUCCCGGACAAGACCAAGUUCCGCUACGAGGACGACUGCGACUACUACUACGAGUGCAAGAGCCUAAAGCAGACGCUGAACAAGUGCAGCACCACCAAGUCCAAGCUGUACUUCAAUGUGGAGACCGGCUCCUGCCUGGCCCGCAAUCUGGUGGCCUGCACUGCCCACUCCAAGGACGGCGUGUGUGCCGCCAGCAGUAGCCUCGUCUACAAGUCGGAUGGAGCCACGUGCCGUGGCUACUUUGCCUGCAAGCCCUUCGGCACUGUGGCCGACCUGGAUCCGAUUUGGGGUCAGUGCGCCGAGGGACUCUUCUUCGACGAGGGGCGCCAGAUGUGCGCCAAGGCCACCGAUGUGGUGUGCACCAACAACCGAUGCGAGGGCAGGGGCACCAUGCUGGUCGCCAGCAGCAGAAACUACUGUCACAACUACAUCGAGUGCGUCGAUGGGGUCCAGGUGGCUGAGAAUACUUGCCACUUUGAUCACUUCUUUGACGAGGUGAUUCAGGCGUGCAGCAGCAAGAUCAUCUACGACAACUGCUGUGACGAGCAGGAGUAGGGAGAGCAGAGGGUGUUUGUAGCAUUUAAGAAUUAAAGAAUUACAGAAUGAAUCAAAAA